AUGAAUGUCAUUGACAAAUGUUGGAGAGGGAACACUCAUUGGAGAAAUAAUAGGCAACAACUUGGCUCUUGUUCUGUGGGAUUUGCAGGGAAGAUGAUCAACAACAUGGACCCAAAGAUGGUGUAUUAUGAGGUUACAGAUUCUUCAGAUGACCCAUUAAAUCCCAAAUCGGGAUCCCUUAGAUAUGGAGCUACUGUCAUUAAAGGAAAAGUUUGGAUUAGCUUCCAAAGAGACAUGAGAAUUUCUUUGCAAGCACCCCUUCUCAUCAGCAGUUUCACCGCUAUAGAUGGCCGGGGUGCAAGUGUUCACAUAAUAGGACCUGCUUGUCUCCUCGUCUACAAGUCAACAGACAUAAUCAUCCAUGGACUUAGAAUACAUCAUUGUCGACCUCAACCAGCAAUGUCAGUAAUUGGGCCAGAUUCACAAAUAAUGCAGAUGGGUCAAGUAGAUGGAGAUGCAAUAAGGCUAGUGACGGCAAGAAAGAUUUGGAUAGACCACAACACAUUAUAUGAAUGUCAUGAUGGUCUCCUCGAUGUCACUCGUGGGACAACAGAUGUUACCAUUUCUAACAAUUGGUUUAGGAACCAAGAUAAGGUCAUGCUUCUAGGCCAUGAUGAUGGGUACUUGAGAGAUAAGAACAUGAAGGUUACCGUUGCCUUUAAUCAUUUUGGACCGAAUUGUAACCAAAGAAUGCCCAGGGUCCGCCAUGGAUAUGCCCAUGUUGUAAACAAUCUAUACCUAGGAUGGACACAGUAUGCAAUUGGAGGAAGUAUGAAUCCAAGCGUUAAGAGUGAAGCCAAUUUCUUUAUUGCAGUACACGCACAAGGAAACAAAGAGGUGACAUGGAGGAAGCAUAAUAAGAAGGACAAAGCUGGAUGGAGUCUUUAUUCAGUAAGGGAUUACUUUAAGAAUGGAGCUUCAUUCACUCAAUCAGGAUUUGGUGGUGCAAGGCCUAACUAUGACCCUCAGCAAGUCUUCCAAGUCUCUGAUGCCAAAUCUGUUAGGGUUUCUACAGAAUCAGCUGGUGCUUUACGCUGCACCAAAACCUCAAUAUGCUAA